GAGGCCCGCUGAGGAAGUGGGCCCAGCAAGCGAGAAGCCAUCAGGAAGAGCGCUGAGUGCUCCAUUUUGAGUUGGUAAGCGGCUGGGAGAUCGGGUGCAGGAGCGGGCGGCGGGACACAGUUGCGGUGACCUGGCGACGUCAUGGUCCAGGGCGGCGUUCUCCAGGGAGCGGGGACGGUUGGAGCGGUGCUGUCCAGCAGUCCGGUGUCCGCCAUUAUGACUCUCGGUAUUCUAACUUCUCGACAAACUACACACUCUUUUACCAGUGACUUCUGAUGACCUAGCAAAUAACACCACACACCGCAGUACUGUGAAGAUACUCGCAAGGAAGGAUACAGCAGUGAUUCAGUGACAGCAACAGAUUUGUUUUGUGUUCAUCUGGGUGACUCUGGAUAGGAGUGAUGCCUCCAGGCAAGUGGUAUGCUGCCCGAUCAGCUCAGGUGUCAAGGGAGCAAGGCUGCCUUCGCACGGUAAAGAAGGAAGAGGAGAAGAAUGGCUAUAUUUCAGUGCAGACUGCCAGGCCACAGACACUCAACCGCCCUGGCCAGGAGCUAUUCCGUCAGCUCUUUAGACAGCUUCGCUACCAUGAAUCUUCUGGACCCCUAGAAACUCUGAGGCGGCUCCAGGAGCUCUGCCGCUGGUGGAUGAGGCCUGAUGUUCUUUCCAAAGCACAGAUGUUAGAGUUGUUGGUGUUGGAGCAAUUCCUGAGCAUCCUGCCUGGAGAGCUCCGGACAUGGGUACAACUCCAUAGCCCUGAGAGUGGCGCAGAGGUUGUGGCCCUGCUGGAAGAGCUGCAGAGGGAUCUUGAUGGAACACCACUGAAGGACCCAUGCCUUACUCAGAACCCAGAUGUGCAUUGGAUAGGCACUGGCGCUCUGCAGCCCGCACAGAUAUGCUCCCCUGCACCACAUCUCAGGAACAACUCUGCUCUAGAGGACCACUUGGAGACUCCACAUGGAAUAGGAGUUUGUGACUUCCUGGCUGAACAAGCUGAUUCUCCUGCUGUCUCCGUGUCUGACUAUUUCCAGAUAGAAGAGGGCAUAAAAUACCAGGAAGCUUUGACUUUCCAGGAUGUGGAGGUGACCUUCUCUCAAGAAGAGUGGGGAUGUUUGAACUCAGCUCAGCGAAAUCUUUAUCGGGAUGUUAUCCUGGAGAAUUAUAGGAAUGUAGUUUCUGUGGUGGGCUCUUCUUCCAAACCUGCUCUGAUCUCCUGGCUAGAAGCAAGGAAGCCAUGGGGCGUGAAUAUCUGCACAGUUCAGUUUAAGAGGGGUCUCAGUGCUGUGACUGAAGGAGGUAAGCUUCAAAAUAAGUCAAGCCAGUUCAUCUUGGAACAGAAAGCUUCAGAACACACAGAAACCUGUGUAAAGCCCUCAGUAUGGUCGGAGACAAGUGUUUCUGAGGAAGCAGGGCUCAGAGAAUCUUUUAAACAGAGGAGCAUGCUACAGAAGUCCUGUGGAGACUCCAUACAAAUGAAAAAGAUGAAGGAAGAGACUGACAUCAGUCAAAGGACAGGAAGAGAAUCUGAAGUAUUGAGAAACAACGAUAUUCUUGAGUUAAAACAUGUUAAGUGUGUGAGUAUUUCUAGGAAAAAGCUAUCCUUUAAACAUGGCUAUAACAGAAACUUCAGAAGAAGUUCACACUGUUAUAAUAAUAAAUAUGGGGAAGGGCUCAGAGAUAGAGUUGAGGGGUUUGGUGUGUAUCAGCAGACAGGACUGAAAGAGAGUGGAAAGGACAGAUGUGGGGAGACCUUAAGGAAGAGCUCCUAUUCCCACCUUGAAUAUCAUCAGAGAUGUCAUAGUCAAGGGAGCCUGUUUAAGUGCAGGGUAUGUGAGAAAGCCUUCAAGUGGCGAUCAAACUGUAUACGUCAUGAGAAGAUUCACACUGGAGUGAAACCUUACAAAUGCAGUUUAUGUGAGAAAGCUUUCCAACGUUUGUCUGCCUACCGUCUACACCAGGAAACCCAUACUAAACAGAAAUAUGAAUCCAGUAAGUACAAAAAUGUUCUCACCCGCAGAUUGGAUGUCAGUCAUCAUUUGACAGACCAGGAUGAGGAGAAAUACUUACACUGUAACCAGUGUGGAAAAAACUUCUCCUGUAAGUCCUAUGCUCUUGCACAUCAAAGGAUUCAUACACAGGAGAAACCUUAUAAAUGUACCAGAUGUAGGAAAACCUUUCGGUGGAAGUCAAACUUUACUCGUCACAUGAAGUUACAUCAUAAAGAGGUCUAUAAACAAGAGAAAUGUCAAGAAAGCUUGAAGCAGAGUUACAGUCAGUCUCAGAUUAUUUCUACUGUAGAGAAUACUUUUCCAUGUCACAACUGUGGGAAAACUUUUACUCAGAAGAAAUCACUCAUUGAGCACCAGAGGAUUCACACAGGGGAGAAACCGUACCAGUGUAGUGGGUGUGGGAAAACAUUUACUUAUAGGUCAUCUUAUAUUAUUCAUAUGAAGCGAAAGCAACAUGCUAUUAAAAUAAAACCCGAACGUGGCUGCCUACCGUUUAGUCAGGGCACGGUGUUUCCCAUUCCUCAGCGUAGUCACACUACAGAGGAACCUAAUAAGUGUAAAUACUGUGGCAAAGCCUUUCACAAUCGUUCCUUUCUUCUCAUUCAUGAGAGAAUUCACACUAGAGAGAAGCCCUAUAAGUGCAGGGAGUGUGAAAAGGCUUUCCGAUGGAGUUCCAAUCUCUCCCGACAUGAGAGAAAACACUUUUUGCACAAGCGGUAUGAGUAUCAUGAAAGUAAACAGACUUCAAAUCUACAGUCAAAAUUUCUCAUUGAUCAGAAGCCCUUUUGGUGUCAAGAAUGUGGGAAAACCUUUACACGUAAAAGAAGCCUUUUAGACCAUAAGGGAAUACACAGUGGAGAGAGACGCUUUAAGUGUAACUUCUGUGAAAAAUCUUUUGAUAGAAACUAUCGACUUGUUAAUCAUCAGAGGAUCCACACUACAGAGCAACCCUUUCAAUCUCAGUGGCACGAUAAAGACUUUGUUGACCAGAGAAAACACAGCAGAUCACUGCAGUCUGAAUAUGGCCUACGUGCAGAUAAGCCUGGCUUAUCUUACUGUCAGGACGUAAGGUUAAAUAUUCAGGAGUUAGGACAAAGUGGAGAACCCCGUAAAGAGUGUGAUGAGAGUUCCAAGUCCAUUGCAUUCCAGAAUGUGCCCACUAAGAAGAAAGCCUGCCACAAGUGCAGCACUUGUGGGAAGACAUUUAGGAAGCAUUCACAUCUCAUUAGCCACAAGAGAUGUCACACAAAAGAGAGGCCCUUCAAAUGCACAGUGUGUGGGAAGACCUUCAGGUGGUCUUCCAAUUUGACUCGGCAUGUGAAGAACCAUGUUAGAAAUUAGCCUGGGGUCUUUGAUGACAGUGGGAGUGGGGAAUAGUUCCUAAUUACAUUUCUAGAGAACUUUAGUGGUAGGCGCUGGGGAAAACCUUUGUAAAGGCCCAGUCCUUUCUGGCUUGGAUGUUCCUGGUGUUGAAUCUUGAUGAUUUCAAAACUCAGGGACUUCUCAAGUCUUCUGUCUUCUGCUGAAAAGUGAUGCUGUGAAUGAACAGAAUGUCCCCAGGGUCUUAUAGAGGUCCUAGCCCAGGACUCUGACACCAGGUCUUCUUAGAUAAUUCUUGCUGUUUGUGAUUGGAAAGCAUGUCUGUAGCCUAGUAAGCUAUGUCUGUUGGGAAGGACCCAUUUAGAUCCCCAGUUCUUUAGGGUCAGCUUGUGUUGGUACCUGUUCUAUUGACUUUAAAAAGAAGAACUUGUAUUCUCGGAUGUCUCCUGGGGCUUCAGUUUAUAAUUGAUAUUUGGUUAUUAACUGUGGUUCUAAAGUAGUCUCAGUGGCCAGUGAAAAGGACAGGGUGCUGGGUUCCAUUGCUUGAUCUAGACAGGCAGAAUUAAUCCAUUAUUUCAGCUGAGAUAUCAGAGCAUUCCCCAUGUGCCAGUGACCAGAACAGACAAAAACCCUGCUGGUUUUGGAUCUAUAAGUCACUAAAUGAGUUAGAUCAUAUUCUGGAUGGUGAUAUGUGUUGAGACAAAGUAAUCCAGAGAAGAACGGCAAGGAAUCUGGUUAGGAUGUGGAUUGUAAUUUUAAACAAGCUGUCCAGAAAGUAGUGUCACUGACAGAGUGAAACUAAGUGGGACCAGGUGUUGGGAGGCAGUGGCAUCUCUAGGAGUUCCAAGACAGACAGACAGGGCUACAUAGAGAAACCUUAU